AUGGGUUUUCAGGUGUCGGAAAAGAAUUUGACUAUUAUUGGGCAACACCUUACGCCGACCCUCUUGAAAGACAUUCGGGACUUUUGGUUCGAGUCGUUCGAGGAGAAUGACUACGUCCUGCCCCAGAAGAGCCAUACCAUGCGGUGGUACAUGGGCGGCAAGGAACUCGACAAUAUCUGCGUUCAGCGUUUCGCCCCGGCCCUCGAGGCAAUCCGCGACUCAGGCGCAACCACGGGUGAUGAGAUCCUGAGCAUAGUCCAACCUCGCGGACCGCUUGAUUGGCUGGGCCUUCUCCUUCUUCUGGAUCAGAUCUCGCGCAAUUGCUACCGCGGUGACGAGUCCAAGAUUGUCUACGGCUUUUUCGACGUGUUGGCGCAGCAGAUCGCCUUGGCGGCCAUUAAGCAGGGCGUGCCGGACCAGGACCCGGAGAUCCGGUGGCAUUUCGCAUACCGCAACUGGUUCUACAUGCCGCUGAUGCAUUCGGAGUCGCUCCCCGCGCAUGAAAAAGCAGUCGAGGAGUUCGGCCUGCUCGUGAAGGAUGUAUACGGUCUCCUUGAGGGCCCGGGCGCUCCGGACGCGAGUGGGUUGGAGAAGCGGGCGAGAGAAGUGAUCCAGAAGAACGCGGAGGCGGCCAAGUCGAUGGCGGAUAGCAAUAUGCAAUUUGAGAACAAGCACAAGGACAUCAUUGCGCAGUUUGGGCGGUAUCCGCAUCGAAACAAGGCGAUGGGCCGAGAACCGACUGCGGCGGAGACGGAGUAUCUGGAGAAUGGCGGCGAGACGUUUAGUGGAUGA